UUCUAAAUGAUGUCAUUAGCUAAGACAAGUUGAUGACGAUUUGAUGUAUUUGUGUUUAUGUGCAAUAACAUGACCGUGCAAGAGACCGUGUCAUGUGAGAGCUGAUGCAAGUCAAUGAGUGGUCCCGACCCCAAAAGACGCUGCAUCAUGAAUGACUGCUACGAGGAUGGUUUGAUUGAAGAUGUUGCUGAACCCACUAUACGCCCUGAACAUGGUGUCAAAAUCCUGCAGGGCUUGAACCACCUCAAAAGAGACAAAGUACUGUGUGAUGUGACAUUAAUUGCUGAAGCUCAACGCUUUGAUGUCCACAAAGUGAUUCUGGUAUCAUGUUCAGAUUACUUCCGUUCCAUGUUCACGAGUGGGAUGAAGGAGAGCACUCAGCGGGAGAUCGAGUUGAAAGGGGUGACCGCCAGGGGCUUGGAUAAAGUGCUGGAGAUAGUCUAUACAUCAAGUACCACUUUAGACGGAGAUGACAUAUUUGACGUCACGGCAGCUGCCACGCAUUUACAAGUCACACCAGUGAUUGAGUUUUGCGAAAAGAACUUCCUAAGUGGCAUGACCACUGGGAAUUUUUACGAUUUUAUAACCACUGCUAAAUUAUACAACAUGAAUAAUGCUCUGAAACAGAUUGACAGUUUUAUCUCCCAGAACUUGAUGCAGAUUGCUUUGGAGGGGACCCUUCACCUUCUCACUUAUGACCAAAUCUUGAGCUGUCUAAGCUGUGAUACUCUAAAAUUGAAGGAGAUAGAUUUGUUUCAGGUGGCAUGGGAGUGGAUUAGGAUGGAUCAGAACAGGGAGAGGUGUAUUGUAGCUCUGAUGACCAACAUCAGGUUUCCCUUGAUCAGUCCUGCUGAUUUGGUUCAGAAGGUGCAGAGUAUAGAUGUCAUGAUGAACAUCAAGGAACUGAGAGAGAUGGUGUUGGAGGCUUUAAAUUAUCACGUCGUCCCUCACUCUCAGCCUCUGCAUCAUUCCAGUAACACUCACGUGAGGUCAUUUGAAGAAAGACUUAUUAGCGUAGGUGGUCGUGAGAUUCACCCUUUUCCUGGUCUGCAUGACGAAAUUUUAGUCUACGACGCCAAGAUGUCUGCCAGUAGCUUGAUGAAUAGACGUCAUAUGGCGAGCUUACCACAUGCUCUCAGUCACAUGCAAGUGGUCGUGAUGAACAAUUUUCUCUACGUCAUGGGAGGGUGCACUACGCAGUGUGCGCAUGGGGAGUCCGCGACAAACUCUGUCAUGAGGUACGACCCUAGGUUCGAUGCCUGGUUUCAGGUGGCUCCCAUGAUCAACAAACGGGCAUAUUUCUAUUCUGGAGCCUUGAACAAUAAACUGUUUGCAAUAGGUGGGAAAUACAAGGAAGGCAGCCUGGCCUCGGGAGAGAUGUAUGACCCUGCUGAUAACUCCUGGACCCCAAUCUCUGCUAUGCCCACAUCGUACCAUGCUCACGCUGGGGCAGUUUACGGAAACCAUAUAUUUGUAAGUGGCGGCUACAGCAGUAACCAUUUUACACCAGACAUGCAGCGUUACGAUCCAACCUUGAACCAGUGGGAGGACAUGACCUCGAUGCUCUCCCCGCGUGCAUGGCACGUCAUGUGCAUAGCUCGUGAUCGUUUAUUUGUCUUUGGAGGGUGCAACCUUAACGCCAACCAGCAAGCACAGCCUGUGAUGCAGUCUGAGUGUUACGACCCUGACACUGAUCAGUGGACAGUGAUCGCCCCAAUGUCUAUCUCACACAAAGAGGCCAGCUGUGUGGUGUUCCAAAACUCCAUAUUUGUCCUAGGAGGGUAUAAUGUACAGACUAAAACUGGACAGAAAAUGGUUUCCAAGUAUGAUCUGACCAUGGGGACGUGGGAGACGCUGGGGGCACUGCCCAGAAGCAUGACUGGCGUGGGACACUGUGUGUUGAAAUUGCCUUGGUAUUUGGACUGUGUCCAGGAGUAGCUCCCCCGAGUCUCGGAGAUCACUCCGAGCUCACCUCUGUUACCCCUAAAACACAGGGAGAGAGCAAAGGCAAAGUGGAGAUUUAGGCAUUGAUGAAAACUGGCUUGGCAUGCUUCACCAGGGGUGGUUUUAGUCUAGAAAUCAACUUAAAUGUGAUCAUUUGACCAAUGGAAUGUCUCUGUAAUCUGGUCGUCUAA